AUGGAUGUGAUGUCUGAGUCUCAACAAAUGCCCGCCGACGCCUUCUGGGAUAGCGUAGCCGACGAUGACAAUGCCCAUGACUUCUGGGGUAUCGUAAUCAACAAUGACAACCAUGGCGGUCUUAAUGCGCCAUCUCUUGUCGACGUUACUCCUUGGGAUGCGAUCUUCACUACGAUGUUUACAGAAGUUUCUGAAGAAGAAUCAAGAGACUUCUUCCGUUCAAACAAACCUACCGAUCACGGACUUGAGCACGGGCGUGAGACAACUCCGGCCUCCCUUACGCCCGCGCCUGUUAUUAUCGAUCUCACCGACGACCCGAGUUUUGACAACCCUCGAGACGAGACAAAGGUACCUCAGACAUACCAGAAGUCUGAACCUUUAAGCCAGGCACCACCAACAGCCCUAGCUAAGCAGAAGGAACAUCCAGGGCGCCUUUCACCUCAGAGCAUUUCACGGAAGAGGCCAAAGCUCAGUUCCGAAGUAAACGUCAGAGCAUCACGAGUACUUGUACCACUCGACAGUCCGGAGAGCUUCUGGGAGUAUACGUGGAAACGGGCGAAUGAUGGCCAGAAAGGUUGGGUCAGGGAACUCGGAGGAGGCAAGAAGGAGAUCGUCGAUAGAGGAUGUCUGCUCUGUUUCUCUGACCGACUGUCCAUCGAGAUUCGAGCCAAUAGUGAUUGGCUGCCCAUCAUGCUACAAUGGGAUGAAGAGGAGGGGGUAUUUCAAGGACUGGAACCUAUCGAUGGCAAGACCUUACGAGUGGCCCCUGAGACUAUGAUCGACAUGCUGUGUGGAGGUGCAGGCGAACAGAACGGAGCUAGGCCGAGCAAGCACGGUUACGACAAGAUCCAGUUCUGCGGCAACCAAGCCCAACGUGAUGGCUUGGUGCACUUCUGGGUAGACACAUGCUGUAUUGAUAAGUCCAGCAGUGCCGAACUCACUAAGUCCAUUAACUCCAUGUUCAAGUGGUACCGCAAUGCGGCUAGAUGUUACGUCUACCUGGACGAUGUUUCGAAACCCACCUUGCAAACCGGGAACGAAUCCAACGACCCACUCUGGGGUACAGGAUUCCGCGACAGUCAGUGGUUUCAUCGGGGAUGGACUCUUCAAGAGCUUCUAGCACCGGCUUCGGUCGAGUUCUUCUCUAGAGAGGGCGCUCGACUAGGAACCAAGAGAUCUCUAGAACUGCCUAUCUCCGAUAUCACAGGAAUCCCGGUCAAGGUGCUUCGAGGCUUUCCUCUUCCUGAUUGCACUGUCCCCGAGCGCUUCGCAUGGGCCGAAUCCCGGCAGACCACAGAGGACGAAGAUCAGGCGUAUUCGCUUUUAGGUAUAUUUGAUGUCCAAAUGCCUCUGAUCUACGGUGAAGGGAAAGCGAAGGCAGUCCAGCGGCUCCGAGAAGAGAUCAACAAAGCCUCUAAAGGUGUUCAACUUAAAGAUUUCGCAGUAACCUUCAGCCUCACGGGUGUCCCUGAAAUCGAAGACUUUGUGGCCAGAAAACAAGAGCUUGCACAAAUACGCGAGCAACUCCGAAGCAAUGGCAGUCGUCGGACAGUUGUCGUCAACGGCUUUGGUGGGGUCGGCAAGACCCAGUUAGCUAUUGCGUAUGCGAAACUAUACAAGGACAGCUACUCGGCUGUGUUCUGGAUGAACAUCAAGGAUGAAGACUCUCUGAAACAGAGUUUUGUUAGGGCAGCUCGACAGAUCCUUCGAGACCAUCCCUCUGCCCCUCGCGUUAGCAGCAUCGAUACGAAGGAUCUUGACGAAGUGAUCGCUUCUGUCAAGGCAUGGCUGAGUCUCCCAAACAACACGCGUUGGCUACUAAUCUACGACAACUACGACAACCCGAAGCUGCCAAGCAAUUCAGACCACGCAGCAGUAGAUGUCCAUGAGUUUCUUCCCGAAGCGCACCAAGGCUUUAUCAUCAUCACCACCCGGUCAACAAAGGUUAAAAUUGGCCAUGAUAUUCGAGUUAGAAAGAUGGAGGAUGUGCUCGAUAGUAUCGAGAUUUUGUCAAAUGCAUCAAACCGAAAAGACCUGAUACAUGACACCGACACCCUGAGCCUUGUCCAAGUGCUAGACGGCCUCCCCCUUGCACUUGCUACGGCUGGGGCAUACCUUGACCAGACUACAACCAGUUUUGCGGAGUAUCUUGAUCUUUACAAGGAAUCGUGGGCAAGACUUCAAAAGGCUAGUCCACAACUAGGUUCAUAUGAAGACCGAACACUUCACUCCACAUGGCAACUAUCAUUUGACCAUAUCCAGAAACAGAACGAGGUUUCCGCCAAGUUUCUCCGCUUGUGGGGAUACUUUGAUAAUCAAGAUAUCUGGCUUGAACUUCUCCAACACGACGACGUGGACAACCCAUCAUGGCUCAACCAAAUCACCAAGGACAGGAUAAGCUUUGAUAGCACAGUUCGAGUGUUGAGUAACUACGGGCUGGUAGAGGUUCAUUCAUCUUCCGACGAACAGAUCGAGUCAAAAGGGAGUUCCUUUGCCGUUCUGAAGAAGUCGAUUAUAAUGGAUGAGCUAGAAGUGGCAUACCAUAACCUAGGCCUUCUUUACUCGGACCAAGGCAAGUUGAAUGAGACAGAAGAGAUGUACCAGCGGGCUCUGCAGGGAAAAGAGAAAUUGCUUGGGCCUAACCACAUCUCAACUCUUGACACAGUCAACAACCUAGGCAACCUCUACUCAGACCAAGACAGGCUAAAGGAGGCAGAAGAGAUGUACCAGCGGGCGCUGAAAGGCUAUAAGAAGGCGCUUGGGCCCAACCACACCUCAACUCUCGACACAGUUCACAACCUAGGCAACCUCUACUCGGAUCAAGGCGAGCUGAAGGAGGCAGAGAAGAUGUAUCACCGGGCGCUGCAGGGGAAAGAGCAAGCGCUUGGGCCCGACCACACCUUGACUCUCGAUACAGUUCACAACCUAGCCAACCUCUACUCGGAUCAAGGCAAGCUAAAGAAGGCAGAGGAGAUGUACCAGCGGGCGCUGAAGGGGAAAGAGAAGGCGCUUGGGCCUGACCACACCUCAACUCUCGACACAGUUCACAACCUAGCCAACCUCUACUCGGAUCAAGACAAGUUGAAGGAGGCAGAAGAGAUGUACCAGCGGGCGUUAAGGGGCUUCAAGAAGGCGCUUGGGCCCGACCACACCUCGACUCUUGGCACAAUUAACAACCUAGGCCUUCUCUACUCAAAUCAAGACAAGCUGAAAGAGGCAGAAGAGAUGUACCAGCGGGCGCUGCGGGGCUAUGAGAAGGUGCUUGGGCCCAACCACACCUCAACGCUUGACACAGUCAACCACCUAGGCCUUCUCUACUCAGACCAAGACAAGCUGGAGGAGGCAGAGAAGAUGUACCAGCGGGCGCUGCCAGGCUUUAAGAAGGCGCUUGGGCACGACCACACCUCAACUCUCAACAUAGUCCACAACCUAGGCAACCUCUAUUCAGACCGAGGCGAGCUGAAGGAGGCAGAGAAGAUGUACCAGCAGGCGCUAAAGGGCUAUGAGAAGGCGUUUGGGCCCGACCACACCUCAACUCUCAACACAGUCCACAACCUGGGCCUUCUCUAUAAAGACCGAGGCGAGCUGAAGGAGGCAGAAAAGAUGUACCAGCGGGCGCUAAAGGGCUACGAGAAGGCGCUUGGGCCCGACCACAACUCAACACUCGACACAGUUAACAACCUUGGCAACCUCUACUCGGAUCAAGGCAAGCUGAAGGAGGCAGAAGAGAUGUAUCAGCAGGCGCUACAGGGGAAAAUGAAGGCACUUAGGCCUGACCACCAAAAGAGCAUCCAAGCUCAACACAACCGACGGUGA